AUGUCUAAGGAAGAAGAGAAGGCUUAUUAUAGGAUUAAUGAACCUGACCCUAAGGAAGAGGAGGCUGACAGUGAAAUUACCACUGGCAAGAAGAGGUCGAAGAAGAAAUUGUAUAUUGUUAUAGGAUGUGUGGUCUUUGUGGCCGUUGCAGUCGGGAUUUUGCUCCUGGUGCUGUUCUUAGUGGGUAGAGCAAAGAGGCUCCCUUCAGGAUAUAAUGGAUUUGUACAAAGAGAAGCAGCUAAUUUAAGAUACUCAUAUUUUGCUCACAUUGUUCGGGAGAAGGACAUCGACUCACCCAUAGUUUUUGACAAUGAUACCAACCCAGAGUUCACUAACGUUGAUUUUAACAUUUGCAUGGUCACUCAGAGAUCUUAUAGAUUAACAUAUCAACCAAGAGAGGAACAUCUAGAUGGCCAACAAAGAUGGACAGUUCCUGAAAACCUAUUCACAGAAAAUGAGUGCGAUCCUACUUUAAGGCUCAGUUUUGGCGAGUUCCAGGUCGAUGAAGCUCCUUUUGGAUUUUCUCUGAAAAAUCCAACCCAUAAGAACACCUUCUGGCUGUCUACAAAGGAUAGGAACCUACUACUAUCUGACAAAUAUAUGGAAGUUGGCUUUGAAGUCCACUCCCACGAAAUUUUUGGAUGGGGAGAGAGGACAAGAGACUUCUUACUUAAUGAAGGGGAGUACACAAUCUGGCCAACUGGGGUCAGGAAGGAAGUAGACCCUGGAAAACUUGGGUACAAUACCUACGGAGACCACCCAUUCGUCCUUGCUAGACUCAAGGACAAUACUUUCUUAGGUUUGUUCUUGAAGAACAGUAAUGCAAAGGUAAUGAAAUUUACAAAGGAGAGCCAGGGAAGAUCCAUCAUUAAUUUCAGAACAACUGGAGGAAUCCUUGAUAUCUUUGCCUUUAUGGGAGACACUGCUGAGCAAGUUUUGCAAGAGUACCACAAUGCUAUUGGAAAGCCAAAGCUUCCUCCUCUAUGGGCUUUAGGGUUCCAGCAAGGCUCAACUAGCUAUACUACAAGCGACAUCGCAAUGGAAUCUGUCAGAAAGUACAAGGAAGCGGGAAUUCCUCUUGAAACAUUAUUUAUUGAUGAAAAUUACAUGAAGGAGUACUUGCCAUUUAAUGUGGAUACUAAGAACUUCAAUAUGAACAAGAUGGUGAAGGAACUACAUAGUAACAACCAGAAGGUGUACAUGUCUAUGCAUGCUUGUAUUCCAGUUUAUGACGAUAAUGGAAAUAUCUAUUCAUACUUCACUCAAGGAAAGAAGGUCUUUAUCAAGUCUGCAACCCAAACUACUGAUUUUGCAGGAGAUAUCUUGAUUGGAGAUUUCUUACCAGGAAAGUGCGCUUAUGUUGACUAUCAAAACCCUGACUCGUAUGAAUUCCUGACAGGCGCUCUUAGAAAUCUCUGGAAUAGUUUCAAUUAUGAUGGCGCUCAGUUUAAUUUCAAUGAGAUUUACCAAAAUUGUGAUGGAGAGUGUCCUACAGACGACCCAGAGGAAGUCUCGGGAAGAUUUGAUGAUUUACCAUUUAACCCUCUUGGAGAAAUGAAUGGGCUGACAUUAGAAUCAAAUACAAUUUCUUUAGACUCAAGGAUAGGAAACCCUCCUGAAGAAGGAUUGGAAGACGCAAGUGUCACUUUCAAUAACAAAGGACUUUAUGGAACUAUUCAGUCAUCUUAUGCUUCAACAUUCUUUCAGUAUGGGGUUGGCUCUCGACUCCAAGGAAAGAGAUCAUUCGUGUUGUCAAGGUCUACCUUCCCAGGAGCAGGUACAGAAGUAGGCCAUUGGCUUGGAGAGAACAGAAAUUCUUUCCAGGAGAUGAGGCAUUCUAUUUCAGGGAUACUAAACUUCAAUAUGUUUGGUAUCCCGCUUACUGGAGCUAAUGUUUGUGGUAGUUUUGGGUAUGAUAAUGAAGAAAUCUGUGCAAGAUGGUACCAAUUAGCCUCAGUAUAUCCCCUGUCUAGGUCUUACUAUGAUGGAGAAUUUGGAGAAAAAGAAGCAUGGGGUUUUAAAAGAGAACAUUAUCUUGAAGGAGCUAAGAACGCUCUGACUCUCAGACUAAGCUUGUUGAGAUAUUUCUAUACUAUAUUCUUUGAAAUCAGUCAAAAUGGUGGCACAUUCUGGAGACCUCUUUUCUUCGAAUUCCCAGAAGAUGAUGAAGCUGUUAAAGAUGUUGAGCAUACCUUUAUGGUUGGUAAUGCAUUAAAAUUCACCCCGAUCCUGCAAUCCUUUGAUGGAGAGCAUAAAGUGAUGAGCUAUUUCCCAAGCAACUCUAGAUUUAUUGAUAUUGUAAACUUUGAAAUUGUUGAGGUAAAUGGAAAUGGAAGAUAUGUAGGCCUUGAGCCAAGAUGGAACUUUCCUCUGAUCCAUUUGAGAGAAGGUUCAGUUAUUCCCUAUCAAAAGUUUGGUGAAUCAAUGACAACUGAUGAACUUGUCUCUGAGCACUACACUCAGCUAUUGAUCUUCCCAGAUAGACACUUGAAUGCUGAAGGUACUCUUUACGUUGAUAGAGAUGGAAUCAGUCUGAGAGAGAUUUAUACUCACUCUUAUGAGUACUAUAGAAUUACUUUCAGUGACAAGAUGAUCAGAAUUGCUCUGAUAGAUGGGUAUGAUGCCUCUGGAAAACUCGACAUGAACCAGAUUGUUAACAACAUCACUAUUGUUGAUGCUGAGAGGUACAACGACACUGAUUUUGCAUGCAUUUUUGAUGAGAAUAUGGAUUCAACUCCUAUAGGUUUUGUGUAUAAUGAUGACACAAAGACAAUUAACUUUAUUCCUAAAGGAGAUGAUCAAGUGAUUGAGAUUAGGUCUACUAGAGGAAUUCAAUUUGGGAAUUCCCAAAGAGAUGAGAGCUUCUGUAACCCUAAGUAUACAGUUUCCUAUAUUGUUUCGGAUGAACAAGGUGAAUAUGCCAACAAAAGAGUAAAAGUUAGUGUUGAUGCUACUCAUGUCGAUAUGAAUUCAUUUGAUGUUUACUUCUAUCUUCUUAAAGAUAACUUGAUCAAUGUUGACUUAGUGCCAUUAAUUGAGCCUGAGCCAUUUAGCAUCCCUGGUGAAGUUCUCAAUGAUACUCUUUACCCUGACCGUAAUUCCUCUGCUACUGAAAAUAUUAUGGAUUAUCUGAAUCUUCCAGAUGUUGGGGAAGACUUUUACUUUGAGAUUCAUACUAAGGGCAAUAAGAAAGAUCUGAUAUUUUCCACGAAAGGACAGCCCUUAGUCUAUACCAAUUAUUACAAAUCAAUGGGAGCCCAUGUGUACGGGACCAAAAUGUUCGGAAUCGGCCAAAGGAUCGGAGAAUUCUGGAAAACUGCUGGCACUUAUGCUGUCUGGAACAGAGGCGCUGAACAUAAGGUCGAUGAUGGGAUUAACCCCGGCAAGAAUCUCUACGGAUCACACCCUGUAUACUUCGUUCAGAGGAAGAAAGGAGGCAACGACUGGGUUGGUAUUUAUGAGCAUAACUCAGGUCCUCAAGAAUUUGUUGUAGAUUUUGAUGGAUACGGAAUUGACAUCACUAAUAUCAAAACUACUGGAAGAACUAACAUGUUCUUCAUGCUGAACGAAGAAAUUGAUAAAGUUAUUUCUAACUACUAUGACCUUGUCGGAAGGCCAGCUCUACCUCCAAGAUGGGCAUUCGGAUGGCACCAAUCCAGAUUUGGAUACAACACUACAGAUGUUCUCAGAGAAGUCCAUCAAGGCUAUGUUGAUGAUGAGUUACCUUUAGAUGGUCUUUGGAGCAGUGUCGAUGUUCUCAAAGAUUUCAGAUCAUUCACAGUUGAUGAAGAGAACUUCGAAGGAAUCAAAGAGUUCAUAAAUGAAAUCAAGGAGAAAGGAACUAGAUAUGUUCCUAUAAUUCAGUCAGGGAUUUCAGCUGGAAACAGUGACGCCUAUUUCGACGGAAUCAAAAAUGAUGUCUUCAUGAUGGCUCCAGGAGAUCAAUCAAACCCAAUUAUAGGAAGAAGUACAGCUGGAGAUGUUGUAUUUGUUGACUUCAUGUAUCACGGAGCUCCUAAUUAUUGGGCAGAACAGAUGAAAAAAUUGAACGAGAAACUUCCAUUUGAUGGAGUCUGGCUUGACAUGAAUGAGAUUACUAGCGAAUGUGAUGGAUACUGCUACAGGAAUCAGAGAGCAGAAGACCCAAUAGACAAUAGGCUCUUCUACUGGCCAGGAGGAAGAGAUCUUGAGCAAGGAACUGUCUCCAUUGAUGUCCAACACGAAUUUGGAGCUAAAGAACUUGAUACCCAUUCACUUUAUGGAUUCUGGCAAACUUAUUUUUCGAACAGACACUUUACUAAUUCUGAGAGAAGACCUAUGGUAAUCAGUAGGAGUACAUUUGCUGGAUCAGGAAAGUACGGAGGCCACUGGCUUGGUGAAAAUGAGUCUUGGCAUGAAAACAUGAAGCAAUCUAUUGAUAGCAUCCUUCUCUUCAAUAUGUUCGGUAUUCCAUUUGUAGGAGAUAAUGUUUGUGGAUUCAAAUAUGAUGUUGGAGUAGGAACAUGCACAAGGUGGUAUAAAGUUGCUGUUAUUUAUCCAUUCUCAAGGAAUCAUAACAAUUUUGGAACCGACCCUCAGGAACCAUUCAUUGACACAUUUGAUAUGAUUAUGGACAAAUCUCUUAAUGUAACAGCCACUCAAAUAAUGAGAAAGGCAAUGCUGACUAAAUAUGGACUGCAUAACUACAUGUACACUCAGUUCCAUAUUGCAUCGACAGAAGGUAGAGCUCCAAUCAAGCCAAUGUUCUUUAAUUAUCCAAGCGAGCCUUAUUCCUAUGAUUAUGUGAGCAACAGUGUUCUUGUAGGGGAUGCGGUUCUUGCUUCUCUAGAUCACACUAAUGGAGGAAGACAGUAUUACUAUUUCCCUGGAAGAGGCGAAAUCUGGUGUCCAAUUUGGAAGAUUGCUAAAUACGAAUGCCUCCAAGGAGGCUCUAGGACCUCAUCCAAGAUUCCUAUUGAUGAAAUCUGGCUACACAUCAGAGCUGGGCAUGUAAUCCCACUGCAGUUAAGCGAUGUUGAUAAAUUUGAUAACAUUACAGGAUUGAGAAGCUUAGAUGACAUGGCAAAUUAUUACACUGAUAUCGGAAUUCUCCUUGAUUCAGAUAAUGCAGCUGAUGGGGUCGUUAGAUUUGAUGAUGGAGAAACAACUGAUUUAGAGCAAUAUGAUGAAAUCAAGAUUCAUGCUCAGGGCGAUAUACCAUGGGUUGGCAAAAACACAAUAGAUAUCGAAUUUGAGAUAACGCAUGAAGGAACAACUGAAAUUACUAAUUCCCAGAGAAUAGGACACAUUCUUCUGUACAAUGCGAAGAAGCUAGGAUUUGUGAACAAAACUAAGGGAGAGAUAGUUGAUUAUGAUUAUAACGUAUUUGACGUCCUAGUAGAAUACGAUGAGAAGAUGGAUAUGUCCAGAAUUUCAUUUGCUUCUCCAAGCGCGUUGCCAAUCAAGAAGAUCAGGAAGGUGCAUCUACAACAGCCUUACUAAUUUUGGUUAAUUUGGUUGCAUUCAAUCUG